UCUCGUUUUCUUGCCUCAUGGAUGCACCUCGAUCGCGCCCUGUCACACAGCGGAAAAGGAGUUAUUCAACAACCGCAUACUCAUCACAGGAAGAAGAGACAUUAGCAGCUCAGUCUAGUAACAUCCAUAAUAACAGCAAUAAUGCACAGCACCCUGAACCAGCACCAUUCCCGACCAGUCUCCUGGCAACAGCAGCGGGGACACAGGUCAUGACAUACGAAUUUAUCAAUACCGGUAAUAUCAUCCCUACGGCCUCCAAGCAACAGCAACCAUCCAUUCCACAGCCUGGGGAGUACGAAGGCAUUCGGAUGUCCAAUGAACGGACCUCACUUGCAGUCUCAUGUCUAAAAUGGAGCCCUGACAGUACGCUUUAUCUUUAACACUUUAUUUUGUUUUUGUUUUUUCUGUUUUACUCUUUCGUUUUAAUACAAUGACUACUCACAUUUCAAAUUAUUGGGGCUGAUAGACACGAUGUUGGCUGUAGAGGCCCGGGAUGGACGGAUAUAUCUUCAUGACAGCAAAGGGAAGUUUCGGGAGGCACUUGUAAACGAACCUGUGAUAGAGCUUUCACAAUCGGCUUUCACUGGAUGUGUCAUCUCCUGGGCGCCUAAACCACAGCGGCUAUACUUCGCAAAAGGGAAUAAAGUCAUGACAUGGGAUUCAGUAUUACAGCGCGUUGCAGAAAGCUUCGAACUAUCAUCCAGGAUCAAUGCUUUAGCGAUCAACACAGAAGACAUAUUAUUUGCAGUGGGUCAAACUACAGGCAGUAUAGAUGUCAUCAAUCGCGCAACAGGGAGCAGCGCACGACUAGAGACCCCAACAUCAUUGGUCGUGAAUAAGCUAGAGUAUUCUGUAUUCAGCAAAUCGAUACUAGGCGGUGUCGGAAGUAAUGACGGCAGUCUGCGGCUUUGGAAUACGGGCGAGAGCGGAUCAACAGCGAUCUACCACAGCUUCGACCCGACACAUAAGAUGCCAAUCACUGGCAUGGCUUUCAGUCCGUUCAAUCGCUAUCUCAUUUGCACAGUUGGUCAAGACAAACGUUAUGCGCUAUAUGAUGUUGAAAAGAAGAAAGUGAUCAAGGCUACAAUGACAGAUUAUGCUCUUACAUCAGUCUCAUUUAAGAAUGAUGGUGUCUCUCUCGCAUUUGGAACGGAUCAAGGAAAAGUGUUAUUGUAUGAUCUGCGCUCAACUAAUCGACCCAUCAGCAUCGUAGACACUAUGGUUGAUGCUCCAGUGACAGCGGUGCAUUUCCAAGGCAAGCCAUCAUCAUCCAUGAAGAGACACCAAACUAUUGCACUCAACCGACAAAACCCUACUACAGAGAUUGUCAAGAGCAGCGUUGGGAAGAAUACCAGUAAGACUGCCUUGGACAUGUUUUUGGUUAAGCACACCACCUCAGACACGGCCGGACCGAUGUCAGCACCAGCAGAGGAAAAGUUAUCUUUUAAGCUUAAGCGACCUACUGUACCAGCACAACUAUCCACUUCCAGUAGCGCACUACUAGGGAGAGUUGGAGCUUCUGGAACUGGGACAGCAACGGGGACGAUAGUGUCGACAUCAUCAAUCGCAAGGUCGCCGUCAAAAUCAAUAAUACACUCCAUUUCAGGUCCAACAUUCUCAGCCUCAUCAAUAGGCAUGGAAUCUACUCCUACGACUCCAGUCAAAGAGCAUCCAAACCAAGGGAGUAGUGGCAGCUAUCCCAAUUCUAGAACCGUUUCACCGUUUGCAUUCCAGACCAUGCAAUCACAACCAUCACCCACAGGUGAGAGCUCUGCAUCUUCACCUUCUGUAAAUAGUCCACCGGGAUCACCUGGGUUUCUAUCGUCCGCUACUGCUACCCCUGCUACUGGAGGCAUAUCUGUAUCCUCCAGCCAGUCUCAUCUAAAACAUUAUCAUUAUCAAUAUCCGUCUGUUGACUCGACAUCUAAAUCUCCAUUACGGUCAUCCCGAGCUAAAAGGCGGAAAUCAUUGGGGGCAUUACUGGCCUCUGGAGGGACAUCCUCACCCGGAUCUCUAUAUGAAUUGUCGGACGAGAAGAUGGAGAUAUUGAGAGGUCAAAUUGUAGAUCGCGUAAGGAACGUAUUGCUGGAUCCUCCAACAACAGAAACCACUGGUGGUGGCAGCCAAAGUAAUAGCAGCGACCGUUCGACUAUGAAAUCAGCGCAAGAAGAACUGAAAGCUUGGCAGAAAUCAGUUCAAGACUUUAAAAGAACCUCGUCUACAAUGAUGACAGCGACAGCGUUGCCCGUAGAGGAGCCGGGACCGAAACUCAAGGCGCCUAUAAAGGAUUUGUGGAUGCAAAUUGGUUUCGAAAAUAAAGGAGGAGAUAGCCCAAAUCUUCAAAGCCCUAUGAAUUUAGGGGCUUCAUUGUUGGGAUCUGUACCGCCUUCAUCAUCAUCUAUUCCGAUGAAUGGGACAGAAAAAGUCAUGGAGGCUACAACAGCCACAACAACAACAAAGCAGACGUCUGGUUUAUCUGCUUCUCCUUUUUCAAUUGCGUUGAACUCGGGAGGGUCCUUCCCGUCUAAGCUAUUGGAGGGGGUUAUUGAGAAUUGUUUAAUGGAAUUUCGAGCAGGGCUCCGGAAUGAUAUUCAGAAUAUGCAUCUUGAGCUGCUAAGACAGUUUCAGAUUCAAAAGAUACAGAUUGAGGGAUUGUUGAAACAGUACACAGAUACCAGGGAACUCAAAGAGGAAAAUGAGCGAUUAAUGGAAGAGAAUCGACGAUUACGGAUGAACUUUUGAGGUCAGCAAAGUUGUUCCAGUAGUAUAUAACAUUAGUGAAUUGUACUCUAGUCUAAUAAUAAAUAC